AGACGAGCGUGACGAUGGACCAAUCAGCUCGCGGCUCUGGCGGCUGUUGCUAGGCAGAUUAUGGUAAUGAGCCAUGGGCGGACACCCCCCCUCUCUGCAGCUACCAUUGUGAGGUGAGGACAGGUGGGCGGGUUUGGUCUGCGGUGCGGCCCUGAGAACCGGCCUGGACACGACACCUUCAUUGAACCCCCUCAGCCAUGGUACAGAAGAUUACAUCAUCUCAAGACAUAACAGACAGAUGAAAUUAUUCAGAAAAGCUCAAUUUGAAUAAUUUGUUAUCACUUCAUGGAGCCCCACAGCAGUGAUGAUGUGAACUUGAAAGAAGAAACUGCACAGGUUUGGUCUGAAUCAGCUGAGCAGGAACAGAAUGCUGCUCAGGUCCACUUUGUCCCUGAAGGUGGAACUGUGGCUCAGAUUGUGUACAGUGAUGAUCAGGACCGCCCUUCGCAACAGGUGGUCUAUACCGCUGAUGGCACAUCUUACACCUCAGUCGAUUCAUCGGAACAUACACUGGUUUACAUCCAUCCUGUAGAAGCCACUCAGACUCUGUUUACAGACCCAUCCCAAGUGGCUUAUGUUCAGCAGGAUGCAGCUACACAGCAGGUGACAAUACCAGUGCACAGCCAGGUUUUGCCUCCUAUGGAGGCCGUGGAAGAUCCUGGUCCUCUAGAACCUUUGCACAACCCAAUGGGUGGCAUGGAAGCAAAAGAGGAAAAUGAUGAUGAGGAGGAGGAAGAGGAGGAGGACGAAGAGGAGGAGGAGGAGGAAGAGGAAGAAGGGGAAGAUUCAGACAUGGAAGAAUGGGACCCAGAUCCACCUCGUCCCUUUGACCCAAAUGACCUGUGGUGUGAAGAGUGCAAUAAUGCACAUCCGUCGGUUUGUCCAAAACAUGGACCCUUGCAUCCAAUCCCAAACCGGCCAGUGCUGACAAGAGCAAGAGCCAGUCUCCCCUUAGUGCUUUACAUAGACCGAUUCCUGGGAGGAGUGUUCUCCAAACGACGCAUUCCCAAGCGCACACAGUUCGGACCUGUGGAAGGACCCCUGGUCAGGCAGUCAGAGCUUAAAGAUUGCUAUAUCCAUCUAAAGGUGUCCCUGGACAAAGGUGACAGGAAAGAUCGAGACCUAAAGGAGGAUCUCUGGUUUGAGCUGUCCAGCGAGUCUCUUUGCAACUGGAUGAUGUUUGUACGCCCUGCCCAGAAUCACUUGGAACAAAACCUAGUAGCCUACCAAUAUGGCCAUCAUAUUUAUUACACUACAAUUAAAAAUGUGGAGCCCAAACAGGAACUCAAGGUGUGGUAUGCUGCCUCAUAUGCAGAAUUCGUCAAUCAGAAGAUCCAUGAUGUAUCAGAGGAAGAGAGGAAAGUUCUUCGAGAGCAAGAAAAGAACUGGCCAUGUUAUGAGUGUAAUCGGCGGUUCAUGAGCUCAGAACAGCUCCAGCAGCACCUCAAUUCCCAUGAUGAAAAGCUGGACUUCUUCAGCAGAGCAAGGGGCAGAGGUCGUGGGCGAGGAAAACGAAGAUUUGGACCAGGCAGGCGACCAGGCCGCCCACCAAAAUUCAUGAGCUUGGAAGUAACCAGUGAAAAUGGAGGAAAAAGUGUAGAAGAGACUCAGGACUUGCUGCAUUUCUCCAGCAAGGGGCAGUUUGAUGAGACUGGGCAAACCACACUGAAUGGCUUGGACCAACAGGAACAGACACCAGUGCCACCAGAGGCUCCGUCAGCAUUGGAACAGCAGCCUGAGAGUCACCCGUUGCAGCUCCAGCCACACGAACCAACUGUGGUGGCUACCCAGAGCCUGAUGACAGCUGAUGACAUGCGGCGAGCGAAGCGCAUCCGAAAUGCAGCUCUUCAGCACUUGUUUAUCCGAAAGUCAUUCCGUCCCUUCAAAUGCUUGCACUGUGGGAAGGCAUUCCGUGAUAAGGAUAAGUUGGAUCAGCACUUACGGUUCCACGGGCGGGAAGGAAAUUGUCCGCUGACCUGUGACAUCUGCAACAAAGGCUUCAUUAAUAGCAGUGCCCUGGAGAGUCACAUGAAGUUUCACUUGGACCAGAAGACCUACUCUUGCAUUUUCUGUCCCGAGUCCUUUGACCGCUUAGAUCUGCUGAAAGAUCAUGUGGCAAUCCAUGUUCAUGAUGGUUGUUUCACUUGCCCUACCUGUAAAAAGCGCUUUCCAGAUUUUAUCCAGGUGAAGAAACAUGUACGGAGUUUCCAUUCAGAAAAGAUUUACCAGUGUACAGAAUGCGACAAGGCUUUCUGCCGUCCUGACAAGUUGCGACUCCACAUGCUGCGGCACUCAGACCGCAAGGACUUCCUGUGCUCCACGUGUGGCAAGCAGUUUAAGAGAAAAGACAAACUCCGGGAGCACAUGCAAAGAAUGCAUAAUCCAGAAAGAGAAGCAAAGAAAGCAGACCGAAUUAGUCGCUCCAAAACAUUCAAGCCCCGGAUUGCCUCUACGGAUUACGAGAGCUUCAUGUUCAAAUGUCGCCUGUGCAUGAUGGGUUUCCGGAGACGAGGCAUGCUGGUGAAUCAUUUAUCAAAGAGACAUCCAGACAUGAAAAUCGAAGAGGUGCCAGAGCUCACACUGCCCAUUAUCAAGCCUAACAGAGAUUAUUUCUGUCAGUACUGUGAUAAGGUUUACAAGAGCGCCAGCAAACGCAAAGCGCACAUACUGAAAAACCACCCAGGUGCUGAGCUUCCUCCGAGUAUCCGAAAGCUACGUCCAGCAGGCCCAGGAGAGCCAGAUCCUAUGCUCAGUACUCACACCCAGCUGACAGGAACAAUUGCAACUCCACCGGUUUGCUGCCCUCACUGUUCCAAGCAGUAUAGCAGUAAGACCAAGAUGGUGCAGCAUAUUCGCAAGAAGCACCCCGAGUUUGCUCAGAUCCCAACUAACACAAUACAUGUGCCAUUGACAACAGCUGUGAUUAGUGCCACUCCUGCAGUUUUAACUGCCGACAGUACUUCUGGGGAGACAGUUGUGACCACAGAUUUGCUGACCCAAGCAAUGACAGAGCUGUCACAGACACUGACCACUGACUACCGAACCCCGCAGGGUGAAUUUCAGCGAAUCCAGUACAUCCCUGUGUCACAGUCCACAGCUGGCUUGCAGCAGCCUCAACACAUACAGUUGCAGGUUGUGCAGGUGGCCCAGGCCACCUCUCCUCAUCAAACCCAGCAUUCCACGGUGGACGUCGGACAGCUGCAUGACCCUCAGACAUACACCCAGCAUGCCAUCCAAGUGCAACACAUCCAGGUCACAGAACCAGCCUCUGCAGCCCAGUCGUCCUCCCAGGUGGGAAGUCAGCCUUUAAGUCCUUCAUCCCAACCAUCUCAGCAGGAACUCAGUCCUUCCCAAAUGCAGACAACUUCCUCAUCACAAAGUCAGCCACAGCAAGGCUCCUCAGUCCAGCAAACGUAUCUCCCCAGCACAUGGAACUCAUUCCGUAGCUAUUCCUCUGAGAUUCAGAUGAUGGCGAUCCCACAGGGUCCAUAUGUGAUCACAGAGACAGCCGUAGGCACUCCUGUCACUACAGUGAACACAGGCCAAGUGAAGCCAGUCACCCAGACACACUAUGUAAUAGCUGAGAGCCAGCCCGAACUGGAUGUAAAGCCAAAUCUGUCCCUCUCCAGUGCAGUAGAAGUAGAUUUGUCUCAGCCACCUGCACAUUCUGACUCCUUGGAAUCACAGACAGCCAACCAGCAGCAAGCCACACAAUACAUCAUUACGACAACUACCAACGGUGAUGGAAAUGGCGACGUGCAUAUUGAAAAGCCCUGAGCCCCCUCCCUACGUGGCACAGAAAUAAGGAGAUCCAGUCGGACCCGCUGAAAUGUUAGUCGAGCAUCCUAAAUACAAGGGGGCACCCAAGAGCUUUUUCAAAAACCAGAAAUGCAAACUAAGCCUCCUGUACAUUUACUCCCUGAUCCUCACAGAGGAGUCCCAUUUUCCUGUUUGUGGGCAGAUUUACAGCAGUGAAGGAAAAAGGUUUCCUUAACCUGACUGCUGGCAGGACAUGUCCAAUGUAUGUUUCAGAAGCAUAUACUUUAAAAGGCUGCCUUGGUACCUAAUUUCUGUUGACUUCAUUUUUUUAAGUAGCAAUGGAAGAAAAGAACAUAUCCACUUAAGAAAAAUAAAAACCAAAUUCCCUGGAACAGAGGAGCAAGUAAAAAGCAUUAUCUCUCAACAUGUGCAGGACAGAUGGGUCAAUGAAACUGUGAAGCUGUGCAGAAGCAGUUAAAUUAUUAUUUUGGGAAGUGGGAAGGGGAUUUUUUAAUUAUUAUUAUUAUUAUUAUUAUUAUUGUUACUGUUAUUGGAACCCUGUGAACUGUUUACAUGCUAUCUGCACUGCCCUGGUACUCAGUUCUGGAGAGUAUGAAGGAAGCAGUCUUGGGACCUCUUCAAAUCUCAGACCUGUUCAAAUCAGAGGAGCUAAUAAGGGUAAUGCUGUUUGAACCUUCAUCUCUUUGACUGUGUUCCCUCUGCACAAGAGGGAUGAUUUUUCCCCCUGGCAAACCAAUAAAAAGGUUUGGUGAUGUUUUGAAA